AUGGAGCAAGUAGUAAAAAAGACUGGUGUAGCACUGACGCAUUUUUGUUGGGCUCUAGAACUCGUAGAAGAACCCAUCGCCGGAGAUCACAUCAGCCUUUCAGGCAUGAUGCUGACUUCACAGGACUUCGUGUGUGAACGUAAAAUAACCAGGGCUUCCGAAAAUACGCCCGACUUCGAGGAUGUCCGUGAUCGGCUAGUGCAAGCUGUCAUGCUUACUGAACGGGCCAAUGCGUUGGCAGCAGAGCAGCACUUAGGGCUGCAAUAUCAGGUCUCCCUCCAGGUUCCCAUCAGUUGUCUCAAUCAGGCAAAGCGCGUGAAGGGAUGUGGCAAGCGACUCCUAAGCAGACGCCUCAACCAAGCCGUAUCACGAACCUUCUCCGCAGCAAAAGUUCGAGUGUUAUUCUCAACCAACCUGUUCAUGCAUGGCGAAGGUAAGGAUAAGAUACCAGCUCAGAACACUUCUAUGUGCAUCUACUCAUUAACUUCCUCCUGUGGAGUAAGUUAUAUCAGUCGCACGAGUCGGCACUUAUCGAAUAGAAUAAGGGAGCACCUCCCGGUAUGGCUGGCCAAAGGUGAAGUCAGAAGCAUCAACAGAGCCAUCCUUGCCCACAUGGUUGAUUUCGGACAUCGUGUGGACCCCAGCGAAGACUUUAAGGGCUCCCGAGCAUUGCAAUGUGAACCAGUCAUUGAUGUCCAGCGAGGCGGUGCAAGACUGCGGUCAUUCAGUUUGGCUCGGAUGCAGGAGAACCUCCACGACCUUGAGAGCAGCCGUGACAAUGACAGGCAAUCCCAUACCAACGGUAGCUCCACCACCAAUCCCCCUUCCCCCAGCGAUCAGAUGUUCUUCCGACUGGGUGGACAUCAGAGCAGGGCAAGUCAAAAACUAUUGGUCACUGGUACCGGAAGAACCUAA